CUCUCAAAUUUCCUUCGUUCAUUUUGGCAGCGGCAAGUGGAUACAGCAGAGAAAGAGACACCAGCUUACAGGAAUCCUCCACUCCCUCUCACUCGCAUUAAGAAAGUCACGAAGAGUGAUCCAGAUGUGAACUUGAAGGUGUGUCAUAAAAUGAUGUCAAGUGUUCGUAACUACGUUCACACCGAACUUAGUUGCAGGUGUAUGUGUUACCAAUAA